UAAUUUAUUUUACCUGUGGCAACGAGUUAAACAAGAUGUAGUGGAGGAAAUGUAUUCAAAAGUCAACAUUUCGGCAAACACAGAAUACGAUUGUUUCCGAGGAUUUGAGGAUUCUGAUCUCGAAGCUGAACGACGUAAAAUUCAUGACAUGUACCAACUAACAAGCAAUCCAGAGCAUUUGAUUGAUGACAUCGAGAAUAACUUGAUGACCGAAAAGACAAUAGAUGAUACUGUUGGUACCGAUGUGUUGAACGAUAACCAACGUUCCAUACAUGCAACAAUUUCCAACAUCGCUCUUGAUGAGUCUCCGACUGUGACGAAGGAGAACAUGCAUUUGUCCUAUGAAGAACCAGAGUACGGCAUCGAGGAUGAUUUUUUUGAUAAAGCCUUCCGUAUUCCCGGUACUGUAAAAAAUAUUCUUAAACCCAAGCAAAAUCGACAACGGCCACCUGCUGUUGCGACUAGUGAAAAAACGAAAGCUGGAGGAAAAAUCUGUAAAACGCAAAAAACGCAAAACUUUACAAAACGGGACAAAUUAAGUAAGAAAAGUAUCUGUAAUAAUUCGAUACUAUUUUCUUAA